CUCCGCCCUGCUGCGCGGCCGGCAGCGGGGUCGCUGGUGUCGCUGGUGUCGCUGGUGUCGCCGGUGUCGCCGGUGCCGGCGCUGCCCCCCCGCCCCGCCGGCUGCAGCAGCGCGGCCGCCCCCGCAGCACCGCCGGGGCUGCCCGCGCAGGAUGGAGAGGCAGCCACAGGCCUGAGCGGGUGCUGCUGACCAGCAGUGGGCCAGCUGUGGGCCAGCUGUGAGCCAGCCGUGAGCCAUGAGCGGGUUUGUGUCGCGGCUGGACCCGCGGCGGGUGCCCUGGGGCGCGGCGGGGCAGGCGCUGCGCGCCCGCGUGCUGCGCACCAAGCCCGUCGAGUCCAUGCUGGAGGGCAGCGGCGCUGCUGCCGCCCAGGGCGCCCGGCUGGCCAAGGUGCUCACCACGCUGGACCUCAUCUCCCUGGGCGUGGGCAGCUGCGUGGGCACCGGCAUGUACGUGGUGUCCGGCCUGGUGGCCAAGGAGAUGGCGGGGCCGGGGGUCAUCGUGUCCUUCAUCAUCGCUGCCGUCGCCUCCAUCCUGUCAGGCGUUUGCUACGCUGAGUUCGGCGUGCGGGUCCCCAAGACCACGGGCUCUGCCUACACCUACAGCUACGUGACCGUGGGGGAGUUUGUGGCGUUUUUCAUCGGCUGGAACCUCAUCCUGGAGUACCUGAUCGGCACGGCCGCGGGCGCCAGCGCCCUCAGCAGCAUGUUCGACUCGCUGGCCAACCACACCAUCAGCCGCUGGAUGAUCAGCAGCGUGGGCACGCUCAACGGCCUGGGGAAAGGAGAGGAGUCGUACCCUGACCUUCUUGCUCUGGUCAUUGCUGUCAUUGUCACCAUCAUUGUGGCCAUGGGGGUGAAGAACUCAGUGGGACUGAACAACGUGCUCAAUGUCAUUAACUUGGCAGUUUGGAUCUUCAUCAUGAUUGCUGGUCUGUUCUACAUCAAAAGUGACAACUGGGCUGAAGGGCAAUUCCUGCCGUUUGGAUGGCCAGGGGUGCUCAAGGGGGCUGCGACCUGUUUCUAUGCCUUCAUUGGUUUUGACAUCAUUGCUACCACGGGAGAAGAGGCGAAGAAUCCCAACACCUCCAUCCCCUACGCCAUCACAGCCUCACUUGUCACGUGCCUGACAGCUUAUGUGUCUGUGAGCAUGAUCCUCACACUGAUGGUGCCCUACGAUGCCAUUGACACCGAGUCCCCACUGAUGGAAAUGUUCGUGGUCCACGGCUUCUACGCAGCCAAAUUCAUUGUUGCCAUCGGGUCUGUGGCCGGCCUCACUGUCAGCCUGCUGGGCUCCCUCUUCCCAAUGCCCAGAGUCAUUUAUGCCAUGGCUGGUGAUGGGCUGCUCUUCAGGUUUUUGUCCCACGUCAGCUCUUACACGGAAACCCCAGUUGUGGCUUGCAUCGUGUCCGGGUUCCUGGCAGCUCUGCUCUCCUUGCUGGUCAGCCUGAGGGACCUGAUUGAGAUGAUGUCCAUUGGCACCCUGCUGGCCUACACGCUGGUGUCCGUCUGCGUCCUGCUGCUCCGCUACCAGCCCGAGAGCGACAUCGACGGCUUCGUCAAAUUCCUCUCCGAGGAGCACACCAAGAAGAAGGAGGGCAUCCUGGCUGACUGUGAGAAGGAAGCUUGCUCCCCUGGGAGCGAAGGAGAGGAGUUCUCCGGCCCACCGACCAACACGUGCGGGGCGAAAAAUCUGCCGUCGCUAGGAGAUAACGAGAUGCUGAUUGGGAAAUCCGAUAAAUCCGCCUACAACGUGAAUCACCCCAACUACGGCACCGUCGACAUGACCUCGGGGAUAGAGGCAGAUGAGUCUGAGAACAUCUAUCUCAUCAAGCUGAAGAAGCUGAUCGGCCCCCGCUACUACACGAUGCGGAUCCACCUGGGGCUGCCGGGUAAAAUGGAUCGCCCGACGGCGGCCACCGGCCACACGGUCACCACCUGUGUGCUCCUGCUCUUUGUCCUCAUGUUCAUCUUCUGCUCCUUCAUCAUUUUUGGGUCAGACUACAUCUCUGAGCAGAGCUGGUGGGCUGUCCUCCUGGUUGUGCUGAUGGUGCUGCUCAUUGCUGUGCUGGUGUUUGUGAUCCUGCAGCAGCCAGAAAACCCCAAGAAGCUGCCCUACAUGGCCCCGUGUCUGCCCUUUGUCCCUGCCUUUGCCAUGCUGGUGAACAUCUAUCUCAUGCUGAAGCUCUCCACAGUCACCUGGAUCCGAUUUGCCGUCUGGUGCUUUGUGGGUCUGCUCAUCUACUUUGGCUACGGGAUGUGGAACAGCACGCUGGAGAUCAGCGCCCGGGAGGAGGCCCUGCACCAGAGCACCUACCAGCGCUACGACGUGGACGUCGACCCCUUCUCCGUGGACGACGGCUUCUCCUUCGCCCCUGAGGGUGAGAGCUACCCGGCCUGGGGUCCUUCUGAGGACAAGAGCUUCUCAUACCAGCAAAUGGCGGGCGCCAAGGAAAGCCAUCGGACAAGUGGCAGGUCGAAAAGCAAAGGCCGGCACAAACCGCCGGCGGAUGCUCUGAUCGCCAACGACGAGUUGGACUAUUCACCCGAGUAGAGGACAGGCAGAGGGGCGCCGCGCUGCCCCGGCGAUGAGGAAGGGUCCCUGUGGCUCCCCCAUCCUGCCCCAUCCUCCCUGGAUCCUCCACCACCACCCUGCUCACCUCCAGGACACGCUCUGCGAUUGCAUUGACCCCGAACCAAAACCACCCGCGGUCCAUCCCAGCGUCACCAGUCGGUUCUCACUCUGGUGAAUGCUGGCUGAUCCUCCAGCACUGGCUGAUCCUUCAGCACUGGCUGAUCCUUCAGCACUGGCUGAUCCUCCAGCACUGGCUGAUCUCCCAGCACCAGCUGCACCAGCGCAGGCAGCGGAGUGGGAGAUGUGCCAAACCAGUGCUGAGUGGUGGAAGGAGCCGCAUGAGGGGACAAGUCAAAUUGUCCCUGGGGAAUGUCCACCCAAUGGCUGCAGUGGUGGGAUGCCACUCUAAAGUUUUUGGCUCUUUCUUGGCAUGUGUGUUUUUUUUCUUUGAACCACCUAGAAGUGAUAGCUGAGUCAGAGGCACACAGAGAGGUGGGUAGGUACAAAAUGGAGAUGGACACACUCUUCCCUGGGAGUAGCUCGGAGAUGCAUAGCUGGUUCCAUCAUACAGUGUUUCCAUGGCCCGUUCUGGCUUGCUGCACAGAGCACAUCCAUCCCCAAACCCUGAUAUUGUGAUUCAAAAUUAGUCCAUGUCUCAGUCCAACCUUUAAGUCCUGGUUCAGCCCAACAUCCCCCACAUCCGUGUCUGGGAGCCUGAUCCCAUUCCUGGUCACAGUGAGGGCUGUGACCCACUCUUGGCUCAACCUUCUUUGUACAAAUGUACACACAUUCCUCUGAGCAUCACCAGUCUGACGUUGGGCACUGCUUCCACCACCUUGUGUCUUUUACAAAAAUGACUGUGCUGUCAUUCCCUCACCGUGCUGGGCACCUUCCAGUGCUCACUCUGCCCUCAGUGCUCCAGACACCCAUCCAUGCCCUCACAAAGCAGCAGCAUCCAUGGGUCAGCCAUGUCUUGGUGGGGCUGGGUCAUGGGUAGCAAGAAGAGAGGACUUGGCAGCUGAAAUCUGUCUCCCUUCUGCUGUCUGCACUUUGUACAAUACUCUGGUUUUGGCUUGGCUUGGUGGGUGCUGUAUGAAAAACACUGAAAUGCUGCUCAUUCCGUAAGUGUCCGUAUUUCAGUCUGAAACCAAACAGAGCUGGUGGCUCACAGGGCAGAGGAGGUCAGCAGGUGGAUGUUAAACCGCCUGAACAUGGCCAUGGCCCCCAGAAGUGCCAUCAGACUCUUUGCUGCCAGUGUCCCCACAGAACCAUCAGUCAGCAGUGAUGGGGUUUGGUCAGAGAUUAUCAGCAGGUCCAGUUGUGGAGCCCACUUGCUUUUUGCAAAGCGCUCUGGUGGAGGAACAUCUUUCUGAAUAAACAGUAACCAAAACCCAUCAGGCAGCAUCUCCCAUCCUCCCCCCAGCUGCCAAAGGCUGCAGACGGAUCCAUCCCAGGACCUCCAGUGCAGCACAGACCAACCCCCUGUACCAUGGGCUGCUGCUGGCAUCCCAGGGGACAAUUUAACAUCAACAGGGGAAGGAUUUCCAAUAUGGAAAUAUCCUCGUGGAUAUUGAGAACUAUUAACACUUUGGUUCACUGGAUGAGGCUCAGGCUCCCAAAACACCUGCCUGGCACCCUCUGUGGGCAAGCAGGGUGUGCAAAGGGUGCCUUGUGCAAAGGGACCUGUGCCCUUCCCCAUUGCUCCUGGGAUGCAAGGGCUUGAUGGAGACACUCUGCCUGGGGCUGAAAAAGUUUUCCUCCAGCUCCUGUCCAAAACAGUGACAAACCACAGUUCUUUUCGCAGUGGAGAAGAGCAUCCAGUUGUGCAGAUCUCAAGCUGGAGUCAUCCGGGCAAGCCAAGGGAAGUUUGGCUUCUGCAGCAGCUUCAGGGUGGGAGUGAGGAUUUGGCUAAAGGACCUGUACACUUUGCUCUGGCAUCAACUCCUGCUGUCCACCCUAACCACGCUUCUACAAGCAGAAAUCCUGAGUGUGUCCCACUGAAAAGCUGCUGCAACAUGCACUGCUCACGCGCCAGCUCUGGAAACCUCUGCAGUGCUGAGCUCCUCUUGCUACAGCCACUGCUCACCCACGCUUGGCUACUCUCCUCCUUGAUGCCUUAGAAGUACCCAAGAGAGAUGGCACCUCACAGGUCUGGUUUUAUGUUUUCAGGGAGAAAGACUGAUGCUAUUUUCCUACCAGCUCUUGUACUAUACCAUAUCCAAGGCAGUCGUUUUCGUCCUGCUUCCACACGGUAUUUGGGCAUCUGCUGAGCCACAAACUCAUGCCCAAGCACCCUGUUGAGUUGAAGCCCGUUCUUCUUGCAGCCUUAAUCUCUUGCUACAGAGCAGUUACCAGUACCAGUGUCUGUUGUCAUGUCUGCUCUAGUUACACCGUAUAAUUUAACAAGGGUUUAACCCCUUGCUCUUUGGUGUCUGUAGGAACUCCUCCAUUGGAUCUGAGCAGCCUUUUGGCUGCCCCCUUUCCCAUUCACCCAUUCUCCUUCCCCUUCCUGGGGAAGUGCUGGGGCAGGAUGGCUGUGCCCCAUUCUGGACCAGCAGGGAACAGCAUUUGAUGCCACAGCACUGUUGGAUGUGCAUGGGCUGCUGUCAGUCAUCGUGUGCCGGGGGUGGGAGCUGUACCCUCCUCCUGAGCCGACUACAUCCCACCCAGCAGAGGUGUUUAAGGAGAAGGUGACCAAGCCACAGGUCCUGGAGGUCUGCCAGUGGCCAAGGGCUGGUUUACAGGACCCCUGCUCCCUGUUCUGGGUGGCAGUUCCUGGGAGAGGUGCGGGUUCAGCCUCUGGGAACUCACAUGCUGUCUCUUGUAGCAGCACUGGGCUCUUCAGUGGGCAAGAGCAAAGGCUGAGAAGGCAAAAUGUCCAGGUGUGUCCAUCACCUCUGGGCACUGCUGGCCAGGGGGCUGGGAAGAGGUGCAAGUGCUUGCUCUGCUGUAACCCCAACUCCAGCCUUUCCCUGAGGAAGGCUCUCACAUCCCUGAGCUGUCAGCAGGACAUGGCAGAGCGGGACCAUCCUGCUCCCACCUCUGGUGAGAGGCACAAAGCCCCUCCAUGCCUGCCUGCCCUCCACGGGGCACAUGCCCUGAGGCACCAAAUGCAUGGUACAGAUGGAUCAUAAAUACCUCAGACCUUCCAGGCCGACUCUGUAAGAUCUCAGCCCCUCCACAAAUUCACUCCACACAGUCACAACCCCUUGGUCCAAGGCCCAGCACUUCAGCUUCCUCCAUAUGGCAGCGAAAUCACAGCCCAGCAACAUGGGAUGUUGUAAAUUCAGCUUGUAAAUGACCUUCACUUUGUUUUGUUCAGUCUUUCUGAUGUAUAUCUUGCUCUUUUUUUUGCAGGUGGUAUUUUCUGGUGUAACAAUUCUCUGCAGUUCUGGUAUGAAGUUGGUGUAUUUGUUAAAAGCAGUUUGUUCUAUCCAUUUUUUUUUUUGUGGUUUCCAGAAGCCCAUUGGUGCAUUGUACAAUGGGGUCUUGUAGUGUGUCAUGAGAAAGAAAAAAAAAUAUGCAGAUAUGUUAUGGGGUGAUUUUUAUUUUCAAAUGACUGUGUUGUUGACAACUAUACAUAUAAUACAUAUAUAUAAUCAAGAUACUAAGAAAAAAAUCUAAAUUUACCAAAAUCUGUAUAUUUUAAUAAAUGCAUAAAGCUUUAUUGUGUGCCUUUACAUUUAAAAAUCAAAGAGGAACUAAGGGAUUUGUAAAGAAAGCCAGAGACAAAUGUGUCUUAGAAUUAGUUUCCAUAGUAAUUUAAAUCUUUUAAAUUAAACACUAAACC